ACCAACCUAUCAGAUGUACCUUCAAAGCCUCACGAUAUCCGUGGUAUUACUCACGGCAAGAGCCAGCCACACCAUGCAAGUCUGCCAGCCCCACUAUCAACAGCUUUAGCACCAAAGGCUCUCGAACCAGCUGAAGGCACAGGCUCACUGCCCACUUCGCCACGAGCUUCAGCAAGACUCUGUUCGGAUUACCUCCACUUUAACGGCAUACACGAUCGUGAUUCGAUUCCUCUGAAACCUGGUUCUUACAAUUCUGAUGAAUGGCGCCCAAAAUUGAACGUAUCAUCACUCUGCCAGAGCAUUCAAGCAAGGAGUCAGCAGCCAACUCAAUUGGGGCAAGCCCUUCGGCCUCUCCAGGGCAGAGAUCCUGUUCGCUCGCCCCUGCGUGACUUCUCUCCAGGAACAGAUGUCACUACG